AUGCAAUAAUCUUGUUUAUAGAUGAACUAAUCCAAGAAAUCAAAAUUUAAUUCAAAGUUUAUAAGUAUUCAAGAAAGUUCUAUAGGAUUGAAGAUAGUGGUAAAAUUGUUUAAUUAAAUAUAGGAUCCUGUUAGCAAAAUGAUUUAAGUUUUUCUAUUUUGGAACAAUUCCAUUUUAAUGGAUUGGAAUGAGUUUUUUGAGGAAUUAAAUGCUGGAAAUCUUAGCAAUCUAUGUUUCAUUAUUGAAUAUGAGGAAUCUAAAUUGUUUAUAUAUGGGACAGCUGAAGAUUUAUUAUGUAUAUAUAGAUUCUGUGCUGGAAAGUAUAUUUUUAAAAAAGGAACAGCUAGUAAAACACUUGAAAUAAUAAAGGAGAAACAUGAUUAUCAAGUAAGUCAAGAAUAUAUAUAUAUUUACUAGUUGAAAUCAAUAUUUGAUUAGUCCAGACAAAAGUAGUACUAUGAACAUGUCAUAUUUGCUGAGAUGAAUGACAACUUAGAUAUUUCAUUCUCUUCUUAGGUUACAUAUGAUAGAGAGAGAUUUAUUCCUUAAGAAAUUUAGAUUAUAUAGGACUUACAUAUUACAUAUAUACCUUAAUUCAUAUAAGUAGAUGCUCUUUACCACGAUGGAGUUUAAUAUUCUUACAUCUAUUCAAAUAAAGAUUUAAUAAAAUUAUCUUUAUAUUAUAAUAACACUCAAUUAGAUAACCAUUGUUUUAUGUCUCACACAGCUCACUAAUUAGUAUUAUGUAAAUUAUUACACUAUUAAAUCGAUAGUAUUGAUAGCUUUAGAUGAGAAGGGAAUUAUACAUCCAGGACUUGAUUUAAAAAAUCUUUAUAUUAAUCCAAAUUCAUAAGAUAUUGUUCUGGCUUCCUAUUAUUAAGCUUAUUAUUAGUAGAACAAUGAUGAAAGAAGAAUGUAAAUAUAUUAAUUUAUUAAUUUAGAUGUGUAAAUAUUGGUUAUUCUCCUCCUGAAUACUUUUAGAUUAAUUAAAAACUAACAACCAAAGCUAAUAUUUAUCAAGUUGGAAUAUCAUUAUUUCAAUUGUACACUAUUCAGUAUUACAUUAGAUUACUUGGACACAAUCCUUUUGGUAAAUCCUAAAAAGAAAUGGCACUCAAUCAUACUAAGAAUAAUCUUGAUUUAUCUAGACUUAAAGCUUUUGAUUGUAUUUUACAUGAUUUCAUCCGAAAAUUACUAGAAUAGGAUCCUCAUAAAAGACCAUAACCUUAAGAAUUACUUAAGCAUAAGCUAUUUUCAAUAUCUCACAAAGAAUAUAUGUCUAAAUAGACUAUAACAAAGCAAUACCAUUAAGAUAUUGAAGAAUUCGCCAUUUUUAAUAAGACCUCAAAUAUCUAAACUGUAAAAUCAAUCAUAAAUUUCAAGAAGAGAUUAUGA